AUGAGCGAGUUAUAUUUCCUACGCCAUGCACAGCGAAUAGAUCACGCGCUCCAAAAAGACCAGCUGGCGAAACCCAUAUCAGAACAAGAGUACCAGCCGUAUGACCCACCUUUGACUUCAUCUGCAGUCGAUCAGAUCAAACACGUGGUGGACGAUAUUUGCGACACAACAGAUACUUUUACCGAUAAGGAAUCAUCCUUGCGAAAAAACGUAUUUAUCCAUUUUAGCCCUUACUUGCGGUGCUGUCAAACUGCAGACCUCCUCAUAACUGAACUCAAAGCCAAGUUUAGCGAAAAGUUUCCCAAUUACAAGGUUAGGUUCCAGUUAUUGGGCGAUUUCGCAUUAUCCGAGUGGAUCCAUGAGAAUAUGAAACACAAGCCCCCCUUUGUUGACUCAAAUGACGCUUACAACAUGUACACACCAAACAUGAAAUCAUUAAAGAAUAAAAAUGCAUGCUCAAAUUUCCGUCCCAUGAUUACAUUGGGGCAGUACAAUGGACCAGACUUGACUUAUAAGGAGUACCAACUGCGAUGUAAAGAGUAUUUCCAAAAACUACUAGCUACUUACGAUAAACCAACAUAUAUAAAGAAUAAGGACAUCAUCAUUGUCGUGUCACACGGUUACCUCAUCAACAACUUUAUGUCCUGCUUUUUAAACCAUCCCGUAUUUGAGGAAAUACCAGAUGCAGCACUUAAUUUUGCUAGACGAGUCAAGAAAGAGGAAUUCGAAAAGCAGCAAGAUGACUAUGAUCCCGAACACUAUUGCUGGCGAAUGGAAAAGGAUGCUUUGGGCUUGGCAGAAAAGGAAGGCGUUGAUGCCCACCUAAACUUGGAAACAGAGGUUGUAUAUUACAAAACGAAUUUCAUCAAAAAAAAUGACCUUAUCGAGAAACCACAUGAAAACCAAAUGCGAGACGAGAAUAAACCCAGAGCCUCGUUCAAAAUCGAGUCUACUUCGGCGUCCAAAAACGCCAAUGGAAGACCAACUGUUACCAGCUAUCUCUGUCCAGCUGCCAAAAAUUGGAAACCUAAUGAAAAACAUUACAAAAUUAAGGCUGAGUUCAAGGCAAAAAUGAUGAAUGACGAGGCAUUCAAACGAGAUUUUGCAAUCACCAACCCACCCUCGCGCCAAAUCAGUCCCGAUGUCUCACCCAAUUCUGCACCAACAAGAAAUAACUCAGUUAUUGAUUUGUCCAAGAUUAUGAGUAAUGACUCGAUACAGCCUUUGAAAUUGAAAUAUUCGCAUACCUCGGAAAUACCCAUUCACAAGAUCAACUCAAGGAUGAAUUCGCAAGUCAACCUCCAACAAGCAUUUGCCCAUAACAGCAGCCAUAAUCAUAGUCCAAGUCAAGUAUCGUCCACAGAGAGUUCACACACUGAUUUGCCCAAAUAUGUGGCUCAUUUACAGAAUAGACACAGGUCGAGCUCCAACCCAAACUCAUCAGUUUUUGUUGCACCGCAGACGAAGGACUCAUAUUUCCCGCAGGUUAUUAAUCGUGUGAGGUCUAACGAGUCGGACAUGUCUAUCGACUCAACAGCAGAUCACAGUUUUGACGAGUUGGAUAUUAUUGAUGAGUCACUGGAGGGCAAUGGCAAUGGCAAUGGCAGUGGUAGUGGCAGUGGCAGUGGUGAUAACUCUUCAUCACAGCCACCUCCACCUACCGCAGCUACAAUUGCAGCCGCAGCUGCGGCUAAUACGAGUGCCAUGAGGGCAUCACCUAUUGAUACAUUGAACAGAGCCAGGUCGCUUAAUAAGAAACCAACAAAUAAUCCCUUGUUACUAUCUUACAAAAAACGUUCUCAGCAAAGCAUCCCCAAUAUAUUUUCAAGAACCAGCAACAACAAUAAUAGUAAUAACAAUAACAAUAAUAAUGAUAAUAAUAACAACAACAACAGCACCAGCACAGCAGAAGGAGCAACUCCAGAUAAUGAAAAGGAUGGAAACGAAGCAGAUGAUGAUCAAAGUGAAGGAGAAGAUGAAGAUGCUGAUGAAGAUUAUUAUUACGAUGAUGACGAUGAUGAUGAUGAUGAUGGUAAAAAGAACAAAAUUCCCAGAGAAAGAUACGUUACUUAUGGCAGCGGAAGCAGUAAUAGCGGAGGCAGUGACAGCAGUAACAUCAGUAGCAGCGAUAGUAUUAACAACGGUACUAGCAACAACAACCACAACAAUAGUAGUGGUAACAGUUUCGGAGGCAGCAAAAGAGACAAGAGCAACGAGGAAAGGUCGUUUUCAUUGAAAUUCAAUAGAGACUCAUCAUCUACAGGACAAGUUCGCACUGAACCAGGUUCUCAGUUUACUCAACCUAAACUCACCGCCAAAUCCACAUCAAUAGCCAAUGCAGAAGAUAACGCACGAUAUUUGGCAAAUAAAAAGCGACCUGUGUUCUACAACUUUGAUACUGACACAGAUAGUGAUAGCGAUGAUGCUUCAUCAAACGGGAAACUUAAGCCGGCACUGUUUUCUCACAACACGUCAAGCAAGGGACAAAAGUACUCAUUUUUUGGUCAAAAUAGGUGA